AUGUCGAUUGCAUCGCUUGCUCCUGCCAACAGCAAGAAGGCCAGGACGACGGCGAUCAACUCGUUCACGACGUUCCUGGCCGCGGAUAUCAUGACACUCGAAGCCACCCACCAGCUCGUCGACGGGGAUAAGACAGGUAAGAUAUUGCGUAUUAUACUAGACAAGUAUGCAUAUUCGUUAGCCACAUCAGCCGAAAAGGUAAGAGCGACCAAUACGUGUCUAGCAUACUAUGGCAACCUCAAGAAUUGGCUAGUAGAUAAGUACCCACUGCAAGGAGCUUUAGUUAAAUCUCAGCUCCAAAAAAUUCUAUCUGGGCUGGGUAAGUAUUGUAGCAACCGAGAGGAGGUCGGCAACGAGAAGAAAGCACCCCCGUGCUCUAAACAAGACUUAGAAGCUAUGGUGUCUCUACUGUACUCAACGGCUGCGACGAAGAGUGAAUACCUCGACGCGGCCCUAGUCGUGAUGAUGUGGUACAUUUACGGUCGAAGCUCGGACGCGGAAACAGUCGAGAAGAGCCAGCUAUCCAUCUUGCCUGGUGGCGUCUUAUUUCUUCGAUUUAAGCGGGUUAAAACAGCUUUACUACAAGGCAUCUCCUUAUUCAAGGACCCAACGAAUUUGUUGACAUGUCCUCUGCAAGCUUUGGCUGUGGCGCUGGUUAUGCAGAAGGCACCAAGCCAGCGCGUGUUCCCUCAGUUCAUCGCCAAAAGGCACAGAUCAGAUGAUAUUGAUGAUGUACAGGAGCUUACACUGAUUCAACUACUGGAAGUUGAUGAUGACCAGCCUUCUAUGGAGGAAUCUGAAGCACCUUCAACAAAGCGGGCAGUUCCAGGUGCACAAGCAUACGUCAACAGGUUGCUGGUUAGAGUUAAAAAACUCGCCGAUUUGCGAAGCAUUCGUAUGACGCCAGAUCUUACCUCUCAUUCGUUUCGACGUGGUGGGGCCAUGCAUGCCAACGACGGUACCUUGGCGGAAAACUGGAUUAUCGAGCGCGGGGGCUGGCAGCUGGACCGCGUCAAUAAGGCCUUCAGGUACAUGCUUGGUACAACCCAAGCCGACCAAAAGGUGUCCCGCGUCCUGAGUGGCUGGAAGCCCAAGGACGGCGCGCGGCUACCAACGCUAGCCGCUCUGGACACGCCAGUCUUGGUCCGCGCUCGCAAGAUGCAGCAGCUUCUCUUUUCCAGUACGAUGGCUUUCGCUGACGCUACCUUGAACCUCGACGACGACGUCGCUGACGUACCCUGUUCAUGCAUUACCCCGACAUGUUAG